CAGGUGGACUGUAUACAACCGAUCAUCCAUUGCCAUUGUGCCUUCAUCUCCUCGAAUUCCCAUCGUCUUCUCCUCGAAAACCGCCAUAAUGGUUCAGAUGUACACAAUCGCCGGCAGGCAGGUCGGCUCCCACGUCCUCGCCAUGAUCACACUCGGCACCACCUUCGUGACGGCGGGAUACUUCAUGCGCGGCAACCCGGCGGACAAAGCCCAAGGCCCACCAAUUGGAGCUUCAAGCAAGGAGGAAGAGAGUUUCGUGAAGGAGUUUAUCGCAAAGGCAGAGGAUAAGGCAAAGUCGGCGACAGGACACUAAAGAAGGUGAUGAGGAAACAUGGCAUAUCGCUCAAAGAGGCGACAUGAAAGGUGAUGCAUGUAUAGAAUGGUCAUGUAGCUCCGCCUGGGGAAGCUAUUGUACAAAAAAUGCAUGAUUUGCUUGAUCCAGUCGGCCACGGAAUCUUCUGACGCGCUCGUUCAACCCGCAGCUCUUCUGUCUUCUGAUGCAUCAUACCAUCAGCGCCGUAGCCUCGUCAUGUCCUCGGAUUGCUCCUGACUAUGACUUUUGCUGGAAGCGCUAAAGACUUUCGUCCUCUGAAAUUGUUAACCAGCUCCAUAGCAUCCUGUCUGACAAAUGAAGCCGAGGGACUUUAGAGACGUGCUUGGCCUUGAGCGAAAUCUCGAUUUCUCCUAAGGACUUCUAGGAGGGUUCUUUCCUUAUCACCGAAUAGAAUUCAAGAAACCUGUACAUAGCGUUCAUCAAAGGCAGCUGCACUAGAGGGAGAGGAAGAUGAGCAUCAGGUCGAAGAAGAGAAUCAGAGCAAGAGUGCUUUCGAUGACGACAUUGACCUAAUAUUGACAGGAAAAUGUGGCUCCCUGCAAGGUAGCGAUUCACCUCAGCAUCGUUCUUUCUCCUUGAGAGUGCAGAAAAUAUGACAAAACUUUACACAGCCAUGCGCCUACGGAACCAUCCGGGUUUAGAACAAUGCAAUAACAUUAAAAGUCUCAGAGAUCAAUCGGCU